AUGUCGGUCGAGAUUGAGCCAUUUGAGCUCAGCUUUCAGCAGCCCUUCACCGUCGAGAUCUCCAGAACCCUGCGAAUUAAAAACCCCAACCAGACUCCUAUUGCCUUCAAGGUCAAAACCACCGCCCCGAAGCAGUACUGCGUUCGCCCUAACUCUGGCCGCGUUGAACCUGGCCAAGAUGUUGAAGCCAUGAAGCAGGAGCCUGCCCCUGGCACCAAAUGUCGCGACAAGUUCUUGGUGCAGUCUGCCCCUAUUACUGGUGACAAAGAAUUUGCCAGCAUUGCCAGCGUCCUCGAGACCUCCGAUAAGUCCUCUAUCCAGGAGAGGAAGAUCCGUGUGAACUGGAUCACGUCGUCUGAGGAAGGCGCCAGCGCUCCUGGCCCUGCUGUGACACCCAGCCGUCGCUCAGUUACUGAUGUUUCGACGAAUGACACUCCUGAUGUGUCGCGUACCUUCUCUUCUCCCGGAGAAGAUGCCCGAUCAGGCACCAGCCCUGCGCCUCCGUCUUACAGAGGUGCCGCCGAUGCACAGUCCCAGCACGACGCAGGCUCCGAUCACGACCAGUCCACCGUCUCUGCCGCCACCGCCGCCGUGUCCCACACUGUUCAGCUCACGUACGAGGAGAUCAAGGCGAAGCUGCAGCAGGCAGAGGCCAAAAUUAUCGCCCUUCAGGAGGGAGGAGGCCUCCGGCAGCGCGUCAAAGCGGGGACUGAGAAGCUGCCCUCGACGCAGGAAGCCGCCGCGGCCGUGCGACAGAACGUUGACGGUGUCUCCGUUCAAAUCGUCGCGCUGCUUUGUCUUCUGAGCUUCCUGCUCGCCUACUUCUUCUUCUGA